GUGAUUUGUUGUGGCAGCCCGAGGCCACUCGUCGCGACAUGGUGGAGUCGAACCGCAACAGGACAGUGCGUGUUCUGAGCCACAUUGACAUCAUCGAGCUUUAAUUCGCUGUUUUGGGCUUUGAACGGUGGCAACCCGCCUCCCAUUGCAUUCCCUGUCAGAACGCAGCAGAGAGAGAGAGAGGGGCAUGGCGAUGAUACCUUGGACUCUUGCAGUCAUGGACCGCGGCCUCGCAGGGAAGAAGUACCGGGACGUCAUGAACUCCAUCUUCAUGGCUGCCUUCCCUUCGGCUUCCGUGACCUCCUCCGACGCAAUGUAUGAUCUGAAGAGAGUUGAUGUACGUGAUCUUACCUGUAUAUAGCUCGAAUCCUGAUCGCCAGCUUAUGGUGAUGCCAAUGUCCAAGUCACUGGCCCGAUGCCUGUCCCUUGCCAAGCCGUGCGUUCCCUUGCUCGAAGCCUGCACCCAAGUUGCUCAUCUCAGCCAAAUCCAUGCCCUUGUAAUCACCAAGGGGCUCUCCCAGAACCGACAUGCGUCGAACGCAGUCCUCCUCCAGAUAUGUAAUGAGCUUCUAAGAUCCCAUUCCCGAGCGAAUUCCCCGGGCACGGUCUUAUUAGCCCUUUACAAGCAGCUGUUACGGUGCGAUGCCAAACCCAACGGUGUCACCCUCUCCCUUGUUCUCAAGGCAUGUCCCGAUCUCAAAGCUCUUGGUUUGGUUAUGGGUGUUCAUGCUCAGUCUAUAGCAUUCGGCUUUCGAUCCGAUACUCUGGUGCUGAAUUCGUUGAUCCACGCCUAUACUACUUGUGCGUCCGUCGGAUUUGCUCACGACGUGUUUGAUGAAUUACCUGACAGAGAUCAAAUUGCUUGGACUGAGCUGAUAAAUGGUUACGUUCGUAGUGGCCGUGCUAAGGAGGCUGUCGACCUGUUCUCUCGAAUGAUGGAAGCAAACGUGAGGCCUGACGUGAUUAGCAUUGUGGCUGCAUGCACCGCUUGUUCGCAGCUGGGUGAUCUGAGCUUGGGUAGGAUACUGGAAGGAUUAGCAUGCAAGAGGGGGGUGAAGGACAACACUCAUGUGGUCAAUUCAUUGAUCGACAUGUACAACAAGUGUGGGAGCAUCGAUGAUGCUUGGAAAUUGUUCGAUGAGAUGCCCCACAAAGAUGUGGUUUCUUGGAACUCCAUGGUUGCUGGGUCGGCGAGGACUGGCGACAUGGAGGCUGCACAGAGUCUGUUCGAUCAAACACCAAACAAGAAUGAAGUGUCCUGGAGUUCACUGAUCAAUGGGUACGUGCAAAACGAUCGCUUCGAGCAGGCUUUGAGCACGUACAAGGAGAUGAUCGACGCCGGUGUAGCAACCAACGAAGCAGCUAUUACCGGCACCGUCACCGCUUGUGCUCAUCUAGGUGCUCUUCACUUGGGGCGGCAAAUACACCUGAGCUUGGACGAGAGCAAGCUCUGCCAUGACACCGUCUUGAGCACUGUGCUUGUGGAUAUGUACGCCAAGUGUGGCUGUUUAGAUACGGCUCGUUCUCUGUUCGCAAGGAUGGUGCACAAGAGCCAGGUCUCAUGGAAUGUGAUGCUGAUGGGAUUGGCCAUUCACGGGAAAGCAGCCGAAUGCCUCGAGCUCUUCUCGGAGAUGUCCAAGGAUGGCACAAGGCCAAGUAGCACCACCUUCGUUGCAAUUUUAUCGGCUUGUGCGUAUGCUGGAUGGAUCGAAGAAGGAAGAGCCUUCUUCGAUAAGAUGACCGAAUCCUAUGGGAUUACUCCUCGCGCCGAGCACUUAUCUUGCAUGGUUCAUCUGCUGGGAAGAGCUGGGCAUGUUUCCGAAGCAUGUGAUCUUGUUAGAGCUGCUUCCCAUAUCGAACCAGACGUGGCAACUUGGGGAGCUCUACUGAGUUCUUGCAAAAGCCAUGGCUACGCAGAGCUUGCAGACGUCGUUGCAGGAAAGAUGCUCGAGUUGGAUCCUUGCCACACCGGAGCUUAUGUGCAGUUAUCAAGUAUGUAUGCUUCUGAGAACAAAUGGAGGGAAGUGGUGGAGAUCCGAAGGGUGAUGAAGGGGAGAGGCGUCAAGAACCGCCCUGGAUGGAGUUGGUUCGAGCUGGAUGGGACCGUCCACGAAUUCCUGGUAGGAGUGAAUUGGCACCCGAGCAUGAGAGAGAUUUAUGGUGCACUACAUGCAAUAGAUCUCCACAUAAAUGCAUGAUAACUGUUUGGUUGAAUGCACAGAAUAGUAGUUUUUCUGGUAUUAAACCAAAGCUAUGCUAUCUUGUGAUCUAUUUUCCUGUUUUAUUUAUAGAAUAGCACAACAUGUUGUCAGCCAAAUCCUUUUUAACUGAUCUGUGUCUUUUGUUCCUUGUUUGUUUUAGA